UCUAAGAUAGUAUUCAGCAUAUUGCUUGAUAACUUUUAGGUACAUUUCUGGUGAAUCAUUACUGAACUCUGUACAGUGGUUCGACUUUUUUUUAUUAUAUUACUUAAACGUGUUAUUGUAUUAUUUCGUAUAAGAUAUCAUCAUUACACAGCAUAAUCAACUUUAUCACACGAUAACAGAAUGGAUUUUGAUCGGAAGAGUUUGUUGCUAUAAGCCCAAUUGAAUUGUAUACUUAAUAUAUUAGUUCUCACUUUCCAAUAAUACACUGUGUAUGUGCAUAUGGUUUACAAUAUUACACUGUGUUAUUUAUUAUUAUAUUUUGUUACCCUCGCAGAAUAGCUGACUUACUAGGGUUUUAGGGCUUACCUAGGGUUUUAACUCCUAGAUUGAGGAACCAUUGGUUUAGAAAGUUUUGUUAUCUUCAAUAUAACUAUUGAUGCUAUAAGUAUGGCAACGGUAAGCAACGCCGUGUUAAACAUGCUUUUAAUUAUAGAUUUACAAUGGAUGGGGGUCCAAAAUGGCUUUUCUGAGCUUGAAAAUUUGAAGCCUUGAAGCAUUUAUAAAUUUUUGUAUUAAAAUAUUUUAGAACAUAUUUAUUCAUAUUAUUAUAUUUGAUCAAUUUUGCAUUCACAAUGCUAUACUGAAAAAUUUUAUUCUUAAAGAAAAAUGCUUAAAAAUUGUCCCUGGUACUCUGAGAUGGGACUCAAACCCAUGACCUUUCGCAAUCCGGGUGACUGCUCUAACCACUGAGUUACCUAGGACCUAACCAAAGAAAUUACCUCACAGGACUGACGAAAUUUCAAACACUUAUUACUUUUUCGCUACUACAGACCGUAUUUUCAAGCAAUCCACCCAAACAGUCAAAAUAAAUAUCUUCACAAAUAUUUAAACUUUCGAUAAAGAUGAAAAUUUGUUCUAAUUAUUAUAUUUGAUUUCAUUCACAAUGCUAUAGUGAAAAAUAUUUUUAAUGACAACAUUUAUAAUGAAUGUUUUGUGUCUCAUCAGUGUGUUUCAUCAUAGUUCUAAAUAAGAAAAUAGUUGCGCCAAUGCGCCUUUUUUGACUUCUUUCACGACCAAAAACAUCCCUUAUGGACUCUCAUCCUUUAAAAAAACAUAUUUUAAAGAAACACUAUAUCAUUUUAAGCCAGUUUUAGAACUAAUAGUAAAAAGAUCUAUUUAUCAUAUCUCUAAAGCCCUUUUAAUAAUCUUUAUCGGCAGAAUCAUAAGAAUUAUAUAUCUUUUGAGUUGUUACAAAUAGAUAUCUAUCUAGCAGAUAUCUAAGUUCGAUAAUUUUCCUAAUCAUGUUGUUACGGAUCGUGUUAUAUAAUAAUAUUAUUUUAUCGUCAUGCAUAUUCAUAAAUAAAUCUAUCUCGCUGUCUGUAAGUCAGUAUCGCUAUAUGUUGGCAUCACAAAAAACUUACGAAAGAAAUUUUUAUACUCGGGUAAAAAUAGUCAAGAUUUUUUAGAUUAAAUAUGUAAUAAGAAUAGAUUUUUAUUUUGUGCAAUACCAGUUACAGUAUAUGGGACCCUGACUUCUAAGCUAGUUUUAUCCGAAUUUUAGAAGCCAGUGUUUUCGCAAUGAUUAAUAUAAUAUAGUCAUUACAAAAGAGAAAAAAGAAUCAGUAUAAUUCGCAAAUAAGUAGGUAGUUAGUUUCUGAUUUCCAUUACAAAAUUAGAUGAAAGUACUUUUAAACAAGUUUAAGCGCAUGUCGAAAGUAGAUUGAUUAUAAAAAAUAUGAGAUUCCAACAUAUAGAAAAUAAUUUAUUUAUAUUGUUAUCUUGUAGGUACCUAUAGUUUGUAAAGUCAAGACUAGUUUUACAAGCACACAUUUAUCGCAUACGCGUGAAGCGGAUUAUAAACGAGUGCCGCAUUUUCUGUUAUUUGUGUGAAGUUAUAAACAAUGUCAGUUGCUAUAAAUAAAGGUAUUUACAUAGUGGCUGCUAAGCGCACACCCUUCGGCCGGUUGGGUGGUCUAUUGCGGGAUGUACACCCUUCAGACCUUGUCGCCACUGCUGCUAAAGAAGCUUUUAAGGCAUCUGGUGUAUCGCCAGCUCUUAUAGAUUCUGUUAACGUUGGACAAGUUUAUGGACUUAGUGGAACUUCAGAUGGAGGGCUUUCGCCACGUCACGCAGCGCUGAAAGCAGGCGUGGCACAGGAAAAACCAGCUCUAGGUGUUAACAGACUCUGCGGCUCCGGGUUUCAAGCGGUUGUUAACAGCGCCCAGGAUAUCAUGACUGGAGCGGCACAAAUUUCACUCGCCGGUGGCACAGAGAACAUGUCAGCGGUGCCGUUCGUUGUGCGAAACACCCGUUUUGGUACCACCCUCGGCAAUAGUAUUCAGUUCGAAGAUAUGCUAUCCGCUGGAUCACUAGACAGUUACUGUAACUUCACGAUGCCACAGACUGCUGAGAAUUUGGCAGAGAAAUAUGAACUUAAGAGAGGAGAAGUGGAUGAAUUCGCAUUGCAAUCUCAGAAGAGAUGGAAAACUGCCUAUGAUGCCGGCAUUUUUAAAGAAGAAAUGGCACCUAUCACAGUCAAGGUGAAGAAGCAAGAAGUGGUAGUUGAUAAAGACGAACAUCCUCGGCCUGAAACUACUAGUGAGGCUCUUUGCAAGUUACCUGUCUUGUUCAGAAAGGGGGGAGUAGUAACCGCUGGAAACUCUUCUGGAGUAAAUGACGGCGCAGGAGCUUUAAUACUGGCAAGCGAAGAGGCAGUUCAGCAGAAUAAACUCAGCCCUCUAGCCAGACUAGUAGGAUGGUCAUACGUGGGCGUAGACCCUAGCGUCAUGGGCAUCGGUCCAGUACCCGCCAUACAAAACUUGCUCAAAGUAACCAAUCUAACCCUCAACGACAUCGAUUUGAUUGAAAUAAAUGAAGCUUUCGCGGCACAAACUCUAGCGUGUGUUCGUGAAUUAAACCUCGACCAGGCUAAGUUGAACGUGAACGGUGGUGCCAUAGCCCUCGGUCACCCGGUGGGUGCUUCGGGCGCGAGGAUCACUGCCCAUCUUACUCACGAACUCAGGCGCUACGCGUUCAAAAUUCAACUGAUAUCAAACUACUCAUACUCAGCUAUUUGCAAAUAUCACAAAUGUUCACACAAACAACUGACGUCAGUUGUGUUGAGGUGUUGGGCGAUGUCGCUGAAGUGCAAAGGAGUAUUCAUAAUUGGCGCUAAAAGGACGCCAUUUUGUAAAUUUGGUGGUGUACUUCGAGAUACACCGGCUUGUGAUGCAUUUGCUGUAACUGCUAAAGAUGCGAUCCAAACAGCCAAAGUGGACCCUAAUAUUAUAAACAACACUGUCGUCGGCAACGUUCAUUACCUAAGUCAAUGCGAUGGUGGAAAAACACCUAGAUAUUGUGGCAUUUACUCCGGUGUGCCGAUAGAUCGGCCGGCUUUGGGAGUGAACAAAUCCUGUGGGUCAGGACUACAAGCUCUUAUUACAGGAGCGUUGGACAUUUUGACGGGAGUUGGGAAAGUGUCACUCACAGGUGGCACAGAAAUAAUGUCAGCUCUUCCCUUCUUAGUAAAGAACGCACGAUUCGGCACCACUUUAGGCAAGAGUUACCUUCUUGAAGAUUAUAUACAGAAACAGUUUCUAGAUGGCUACUCUGGAAUGACUUUGGAGAUGAUGUCAGAAAAAUUAGCAACAAAAUAUGGAGUAUAUAGAAAGGACGUUGAUGAAUAUGCUGUGCAGAGUCACAUGAAAUGGAAAGCAGCUCAAGAAUCAAACGUCUUUGACGAUGAAAUAACAAAGCUAACAUUAAACAUAAAAAACAAGCAAACCAUUGUUAUCAAAGACGAACUACCUCAACCAGAUGUAGAAGUGAGCGCACUGGCUACCCUGCCGACAACAGUAGACGGGGCAUCGAUUGUCACCGCUGGCAAUUCUUCGAUGCAUGCUGAUGGCGCAGCAGCUGUACUCAUCUCUGACGAGGAAACUGUUCUCCAACAUUACUUGAAUCCACUAGCGCGUAUAGUUGCGUGGGCACGUGUAGGAUCCGACCCACUGCAACUUGAUCUUGGAGCAGUGCUGGCAGUAAGAAAGUUACUGGACAUCACUGGAUUUAACGUUGAUGAUGUGGAUUUGUUUGAGAUCAAUGAGACCUUCGCAGCACAAGCAAUAGUGAGCGCUCGUGAGCUGAAAGUUGGCACUGAAAUAUUGAACGUGAGUGGCGGCGCUAUCGCAGUGGGUAACCCUGUAGGAGCCACGGGCGCCAGGAUGGUAGUCCAUCUCGUCCAUCAGCUACGUCGCCGUAAGAACAAGAGAGGCAUCGCCGCAUCCAGCUGUGGCGGUGGACAAGGAUUAGCUUUACUGAUCGAAACGAUAUGA